AGCGUUCAUUCCAUUUGCCGCGCAAAGUUGUUCCCCACCAAUUGCAAAGCAGUCACCCUAUGGAUCCGCAGCCCGAACCCGUCACCUACAUCUGUGGAGAUUGCGGGCAAGAGAAUACCUUGAAGCAUGGAGACGUGAUACAGUGCCGCGAGUGCGGUUACCGCAUCCUCUACAAGAAGCGAACCCGCAGAAUUGUUCAACAUGAAGCUCGCUGAAUGUGGAAAUCAGAGAAAGGAAAGCAUUUAGCAUGUGCGUCAAUGAGAACCAAAAUGGAAAUCUGGUUUUGCUGCAAAGUAUGUGUCUGUAACUAGUUUAAUGGUAAAAAGAACUUGAAUAGCAUUGGACUAUAUCUGCUUGGAAACCUGAGUGACCCUUUGCCACAACAUUGCAAUUGUUCUUGUUUUUUGUAGUGUCCUAGCAAACAACAUGUGCUUGCGUGUGACAAAGUGCUCAUGGUUUUUGUGGAAACAAUAGUCUUUAUUCGUUGUGAAUGUGUGUUCUUCUGUUUCUUGAAGGCAAACCCAUCUCUUUUCCCAAAGUUUCUUUAUAAUUUUUUAAUUGGAUUUAAACUCUUCUUGAAAUAUUUUUGCUCUUCUCUGAACAUACUGUUUUCCGGGAUAGGCAUGAAUUAUUUUGAA